AUGUCUGCGCAGGCAUUCGAUCCCAAUCCCACUCUGGGCGCGAUGCUCGUCGGGACUCUUUGCGGUUGCAUCCUGUACGGUGUCACUUGUGUCCAGGCAUAUAUCUACUCGACGAGGUUUCCGGAUGACCAUUGGAUGAUCAAGUUCUCCGUUUGCUUCAUUUGGAUGGCCGAAUCAGCGCACACUGGCACAGUCUGCCACACAUUGUAUACCUUGUUAAUAAAUGACUAUGGCCAUCCUGAACUGCUCCUCGCCCGCCCUCCUCGGUCAAUCAUUGGGUACAUCGAAAUCACCGUCAUCAUCGCAGUGUACGUCCAAGUGUUCUUUUCCUAUCGAAUUUGGGUCCUCUCCAAGUCACGCAUCAUCCCCGCCUUCACUUACACGCUCUCGCUUGUGCGGUUCGGUCUGGGGACGACCCUCUUCUCCGUCGGCCUCAACGUCAAGUCCGUCACCGAGUUUGGCACCAAGUGGCAGUGGCUCGGUAUCGCCAUGUGGAGUCUGAGCGCCGUCGAAGACGUCACCAUUACGAGCGCGCUUGUCUACCUCCUUUUCCAGCAAAGGAAGAACGUGCACAAAUCCACAACGGCGUUCUUAGACAAAAUUAUUAUGUGGUCUAUCGAAACUGGAAUGCUGACAUGUUCAUUCUCGCUGGCGACUGUCAUUCUGUUCCAUCUUAUGCCAAAUAAUUUCAUCUGGAUCGCCUUUUCCACCCUCGAAGCACGCAUGUUCUCGAACUCUCUCUUGGCCAGCCUCAACUCACGCUCUGUCCUGCGCGAGCUUCGUGAUCGUCCGCGGCCAGGAACAACGUCCAAUGGUCUUCUCACGUUCAGCACGCUCACUGAGGGCUUCCGGACAUUUUCGCCUUGGUCGAAAAAUACCAACUACAGUCGGGGGACAAGCAAAGGAAUCACCGUUGAUGUCACCACUACAACUGAUGAGCCUGAGCUGAUGGAUAUGAGGAAGCCUGCGGCGUUUUAA